UAUUCACUUUCGGGACCAAAGGGUUAGGUUCAAAUUCUGUUUGCUAAGGCGAGUAAAAAUGUGGGCGGUCGUAGUAUCAACUAACUCACAACUUCUGCCAAUAUGACCACAAGUGUGUACGCCUUUAAAUUUUCUGCAAGCUGAGCUACUUGGAUACUAUCUGCUUUUUGCAAAGUGUAUGGGUCGAUUUUUCCCCCUAAUUUCGGCAGUUAACAGUUGGCAUCCGUUCUUUGAAGACAGCGCACGUUUAAUAUUUCAGGUUGGAAAAUAAAAUGCUGCUUCUUCUGAAACUUAUUUCGCUAAAACUAAAAUGCCCUCAGGUCUGCACAACGCAGAGAGUUGCACCACUUUUCACAGUCACCUACCCUUCUUCAGCGCAGCGGGGGCAAAAGCAUACCCAAAGUCGUGCAUGUUUACGCACUAAGACAUCAGAUGGGUACGCGCCAGGUGUUUGUGGUGUACCGCGUUGUUUCACACAUCUGGUGGUUUCCCGGAAGCCUCUUGUCUCUUUGGGGUUGAAUAGUGUUAGGCCGUACAGUACUGAAGCAAACGAAGACUAUGAAACAGCUUUUAGGUUGUCAGUGGAAAACCCAGAGGAGUUUUGGGCACAGAAAGCUGAACAAAUCACUUGGUUUAAGAAAUGGACAAAGACUAUGGAUAACUCAAAGCCACCCUUUACUAAAUGGUUUGUGGAUGGCGAACUCAACGUUUGUUACAAUGCAAUAGAUCGUCAUGUUGCGAAUGGAAAAGGAGACCAAACUGCUAUCAUUUAUGACAGCCCGGUUGCAGGAACGAAAAAUGCCAUAAGUUACACUCAGCUUCUGGAGCAAGUAUCGAAACUUGCGGGCGUCUUAGUAAGUCGAGGAGUAAGGAAAGGAGACCGGGUUGUAAUUUAUAUGCCCAUGAUUCCAGAAGCAAUGUAUACUAUGCUGGCAUGUGCUAGGAUAGGGGCCAUACAUAGCCUUAUUUUUGGAGGUUUUGCAUCCGAAGAACUUUCUGUUCGAAUUGACCAUGCUAAACCAAAACUAAUAGUGACAGCGUCGUUUGGCAUUGAACCUGGAAAGAAGGUGGAGUACGUUCCUCUGAUGGAGAAAGCCUUAGAAUUGGCACAUCACAAACCUGACAAAAUCCUCAUUUACAAUAGACCUAAUAUGCAGGCUGUUCCUAUGACUCCAGGUCGUGACCUGAAUUGGGAAGAGGAGAUGUUAAUAGCUAAACCUCAUGACUGUGUACCAGUUUCCUCUGAACACCCUAUAUAUAUUCUUUAUACAUCAGGAACAACUGGAUUGCCUAAGGGAGUUGUUCGUCCCACAGGUGGUUAUGCGGUCAUGCUGUCCUGGACAAUGUCAGCUGUCUAUGGUAUGCAUCCUGGAGAAGUGUGGUGGGCAGCGUCUGAUCUGGGCUGGGUUGUUGGACAUUCCUAUAUUUGUUAUGGACCACUGAUACAUGGCAAUACCACUGUCUUGUUUGAGGGUAAACCUGUAGGAACACCAGAUGCAGGUACCUAUUUCCGUUUGCUAUCAGAGCAUGGUGUAGCUGCAUUAUUUACUGCACCCAGUGCAAUUAGAGCUAUCCGCCAAAAGGACCCUAAGGCAAGCUUGGGGAGACAAUAUAAUUUAUCAAAAUUCAGGACACUGUUUGUUGCUGGUGAACGAUGUGAUGUUGAAACUUUGGAAUGGUGUAAGAAAAUCUUCAAAACCCCUGUUUUAGACCAUUGGUGGCAAACUGAAACAGGAUCUCCUAUAACAGCUUCUUGUGUAGGCCUAGGAAAUUCACUUUCACCCCCUCCAGGACAAGCAGGAAAACCUGUGCCAGGUUAUAAUGUUAUGAUAUUAAAUAUCAAUCUGCAACAGGUGAAAGCAGGAACUCUUGCUCAUAUUAUGGUGAAACUGCCUUUGCCACCAGGAGCCUUCUCCUGCUUAUGGGAAAAUGAAGAUGCAUUCAAGGAACUGUAUUUUACCAAGUUUCCAGGUUUCUAUGAUACUAUGGAUGCUGGUUAUGUGGAUGAAGAUGGCUAUGUGUAUGUCAUGGCACGAGUUGAUGAUGUAAUCAAUGUUUCAGGCCACAGAAUUUCAGCUAGUGCAAUUGAGGAGUCAGUGCUGUUCCACUCUGCCGUGAUAGACUGUGCUGUGGUGGCCAAGGAGGAUUCUUUGAAAGGUCACGUCCCUCUGGCUCUUUGUGUCUUGGCAAGUAGUGUGGACAAAGGAGAAGAAACGCUUGAAAAUGAAAUUGUAAGUCUGGUUCGAGAAAAGAUUGGUCCUGUGGCAGCCUUUAAAAAAGCAGUCUUUGUGAAUCAAUUACCAAAGACCCGUUCUGGCAAGAUACCUCGCUCAUCACUUGCUGCACUUGUGAAUGGCAAACCUUACAAGAUAUCAUCAACCAUUGAGGACCCAAAUGUGUUUUAUGAAAUAGAAAAAAUCUUGAAACGCAAACAGUGAAUUUUUUUUGUUUUAGCAUUUACUUUAGUGUUUUCCAAGAAUCAACUUACUUAUUUCAGCUUGCUGGAGUAUCGAAUGAUAUAAUGUGUUCUUUGAAACAGGACUUUUGCAUUAUUAGUGACUAAUAAUGCUUGUAAUUUCUUUCUGCAGCAAAAUCAUUUACACUUUACACUGUUCUCGUACAUUCAGUUUUGAAAACUUGGAAUUUAAAAUAACAGAUUUAAGUAUAUCUUGACUAUUUUCUUUCAUUUAUAGGGUUAUGUAUUUUAGAAAUACAGUUGGAUAUGUUUUUAAGCUUCAUCAGCAUCUUAGUAUUGUUAUAAAGUUUUAUAGUUGUAGAAUGUAGUAUAUUUUAUAUACAAUACUGUCUCAUAAUUAAUUCAUUCUGUUCAUGUAAUGUUGAAGUAUAUACCGCUGCAAACCAUUGUAGUUCUCUGAGUAUUGCAUAACCCUUGUAUAUGUAUAUUUAUUACCAUAACCGUAGUUACAACUUUGUGCAUUCCAUUUUUCUAUCAGUUCAUUUGUACUUGUAUAUCAUGUUCACAGGUAUGCAUCUCAGUCAAUAAUAUAUGAGUGAUUUACA